AUGGGGGUCCUCAAGAGGCUGGUGGGCAGGGGCGGGCAGGCUCUCAGGGAGAUCUGCGUCCUGGGCGGCCCCGGUGGGCCUCUCAGUGGCGUCAUCAAGCCGGGGCGCACGACGCUGCUCCUUGGUGCGCCGGGAUGCGGCAAGUCCACGCUGAUGCGGGUGCUGGCCCACCGGCUGAGGGGCUGCGGCUCUCUCAAAGUGGAGGGGGAGGUGCUGUACAACGGCCAUUCAAAGCACGACAUUGCCGUCGAGCGCGCCGUGGCGUUUGUCGAGCAGAGGGACAACCACGUGGGGAACCUGACUGUGUCGGAGACACUGUCCUUUGCGCAUGUGUGCCAGAGCGGCCAGGACACGCCCUCCUUUGACAUGCAGCAGCACAUCCGGGAGGCCAAGCUCAACAAGUCAAGAGCCGACCUGCACCAGCUGCGCGCCGCUAGCCCCACCCCGGCUGGCGGCCCUGGGGCCGUGAAUGCAGACCAGCUCAAGGCGACUGUGAGGGCGCAGCUGGAGGAAGACGAGGUGGAGGCGCUGCUCACCGAUCUGUGUGGCACCAGCGGCAUGAAGGUCGAGCUCAUCAUGCGCUGGAUGGGGCUGGCCCACGUGCGCAACUCCCUGGUUGGGGACGUGCUGGUGCGGGGCCUGUCUGGUGGCGAGCGCAAGAGGCUGACCUGCGCCGAAGGGCUGAUGGGCCAUCAGCGAGUCCUCAUGCUGGACGAGAUCAACACUGGACUGGACAGCGCCACACUGCACAGCGUUGUCACCUUCCUCGCCCUGAUGACGCGCGGCCUGAAGAUGACGACGCUCGUCAGCCUGCUGCAGCCGGCUCCCGAGGUGGUGGAGCUUUUUGAUGACAUCAUGCUGAUGGCCGAGGGGGCCAUCCUGUACCAUGGCCCAGUGGCCGAGGUGCUGCCCCAUUUUGCCGCCCUGGGCUUUGACCGCCCCCCACGCAAGGACCUGGCCUCUUUUCUGCAGGAGGUGUCCACACCGGCCGGCCAGCUGGCGUACGCAUCGCAGGCGUUGCGGGAAAGGAGGGGCCUGCUACCGAGCGAGCCAGGCCGUGCUGCGGCGCCCAGCGCUCCGGGGCGCCUCACGCGCAGCAGCGUGCCGCAGGACCUGAUCGUCUCUGUUGCUGAGAUGGCGGAGCAGUUCAGGACCGGUAACGAGCAUGGCCAGGCUGCGCAGCGGGAGCUGGCGGCCGGCCCUUUUCCCAAGGAGCGCAGCCACCCCGCGGCCCUGCCCAAGGAGCGGUACGCGCUGUCGCCCUGGAGGGCGCUGUGCCACGUGACACGGCGGCAGCUGCUGCUGGUGGGGCGCGACAAGAUGGUCCUGCAGGGCCGCAUCAUGCAGGUGAUCGUCAUCGGCCUGGUGGUGGGAUCCCUGUUCUUCCAGCUCGGCAACAGUACGCUGCAGCAGGCCCGGUCAACACUGGGCGCCUGCUUCCUGUGCGUCAUGUUCCUCAGCUUUGCGAUGGCGUUCAGCCAGCUGCCUGUCACACUUCUGGAGGCUGCAGUGUUCUCUGUGAUCGUGUACUUCAUGAUCGGGUUCACAACAGACGCGGCCCGCUUCUUCACCUUCCUCGCCGUGAUGGCCAGCACCUCCCUGUGCCUCACCUCCCUCUUUCGGCUCAUCGCCGUCGCGGUGCCCACGCCGCCCCUGGUCAACGCGGUGUCGGGCAUCCUGCUGCUGCUGCUCAUUGUCACCUCGGGCUUCACCAUCGUGCGGACUAAGAUCCCGCCAUAUGCCAUCUGGCUGUACUGGCUGAGCCCCUUCGCCUGGGGUGUGCGCUCCACCUGCAUCAACGAGUUCAUGACCGACAAGUGGGCCGCACCCGCACCCAGCAACCCCGCCCACACCAUUGGGGAGGAGGCGCUGCUGUCGUUCGGCUUCUACACCGAGCACUUCUGGGUCUGGACCGGCGUCGGCUACCUGCUCGGCCUGUUUGCAGUGCUCAGCGUGCUGGUGUCGCUGGCGCUCGGAUGGAUCUCAGACCCCGAGCAAGUGCAGAAGGCCCGCGCCGACGCGGCUGCCAUGCGCGGCAAGAUGGCCAAGAUGAAGGGCACCACGCCACGCCCAGGCUCCAGCAUCCACGCCGGCGGCGCGCUCAGCAAGCCGCACAGCGCCGCGUCCGUCGCCCCUGCUCGGGGCGACGACCCAGGAGUCGAGGCCGUCAUCCAGCUGGCGGCUCUCCCGCCCCUCCAACCGCUCGGCGUCAACGGCUGCGCAUCCGCUCCAGCGGGCGAGCUGGCGCUGUCGCUGCCCCGCGCGCCGUCGCGGGCGGCCUUGGCUGGGGGCGACCUCAGCUCUGUCCCCGUGGAGCCGAUCACCCUGGCGUUCAAGGACAUCCGCUACUUUGUGCCCAACCCUGCUUACAAGCCCGAGGCUGCGGCCGCGGCCAGCCAGGGUUUGCACAAGGACGGCGCGGCUGCGGCCGACGUGGAGGCGCAGACCGCGGGGGCCGCCAGCGACGGCGCAGCUGUGGGCGCUGUUGUGCCUGCGGAGCAGGCGGAGGCGGAUGCAGUCGCGGCGCUGGCGGCCACGCCUCAGCUGGAGCUGCUCAAGGGCAUCACGGGCUAUGCGCAGCCGGGAGACCUGAUGGCGCUGAUGGGCGGCAGCGGUGCCGGCAAGACGACGCUGAUGGACGUGCUGUGCGGCCGCAAGACCGUGGGUGAGGUGCGCGGCGACAUCUGGGUCAACGGCCACCCCAAGGAGCAGGCGUCGUGGAGCCGCGUGGUCGGCUACUGCGAGCAGAACGACAUCCACACCGCAGCACAGACCGUCAUCGAGGCGCUGUGGUUCUCCGCGCGCCUCCGCCUCCCGCCCUCCGUGUCCGACUCCUGGGUGCGGUCCUGGGUGGUGGAGGUGCUUGACCUUGUGGACCUCAUGCCCCAGGCCCACAGCCUGGUGGGGGACCCCGCGGGGCCGGGCGGCGGCACGGGGCUCAGCCUGGAGCAGCGCAAGCGCCUCACCAUCGCGGUGGAGCUCGUGGCAAACCCAAGCGUGGUGUUCAUGGACGAGCCCACCAGCGGCCUGGACGCGAGCUCCGCGGCCACGGUCAUGCGGGCGGUGCGUAACAUCGGCACCAGCGGCAGGACCAUCAUCGUGACCAUCCACCAGCCGUCCAUCGAGAUUUUCGAGGCCUUUGACUCCCUCCUCCUCCUGCAGCGUGGCGGCCGCACCACCUACUUUGGGCCCCUGGGCGAGCACAGCAGGACGCUGGCUGACUACCUGAUGCGCGUGCCAGGCACCGAGUCCCUGUGCCCCAGUGCCAACCCUGCGACCUGGAUGCUCGAGGUCACCGGCGGCUCCAUGGCCACCAUCACCAAGGCCAACGCCGUGGACUGGCCCGCCCACUGGGCGGAGAGCUCAGAGGCCGCGGCCGCCCUGGCGGAGGUGGAGCGCCUGGUCGCGGAGGGCGCCGCCGCCAGCCUGCCCCUCGUGAUGCCCUCGGAGUACGCGCAGCCCUUCAGCGUGCAGAUGCGUGAGCUGCUGAGCAAGUACACCAUGAUCCCCUCGUACAACUUUGCGCGCGUGGCCCUGACCUUCAUCGUGGGCUGGCUGUACGGGGCCAUAUACUUCCAGGUUGGGGCGGUCUCGAGCGCCGGAGGCGUGGCCAGCAUCGCGACCGUCCAGAACGUGAUGGGCGUUCUCUUCAGCUCCUCAAACUUCAUCGGCAUGACCAACCUGAUGAGUGUGCUGCCCGUGAUGGGGGCUGAGCGCGUGGUGUACUACAGGGAGGCGGGGGCGCGCCCAUACUCGGUGUGGGGCUACGGCUUCGCGCUGGCCAUAGUGGAGCUGCCAUAUAUCCUGCUGCAGGCCGUCCUGUUUGCCCCUGUGGUGUACUUCAUGGUUGGAUUCCAGGCGACGUUUGAGAAGUUUGUGCACUACCUCCUCAUGUUCACGGUGUCACUCUACUACUACACGGUGUUUGGCCAGUUCCUGGUGUGGGCCACGCCCUCGCAGCAGCUGGGCCAGGUGCUGGGUGGCACCCUCAACUUUAUGUGA